AGAUAAGUGAGUAGAAAAACACACAUGGAACGACUCCAUGUUUUGACUGCCUAGAAGAAUUGAAGCUUCAUACAAACGCCACAUUGAUCCGAAAUUACCUGACCAGUUUUGCUUUACUGGGACAAAGCUUCUUCCUUCAGUUUGGUUGACAUGGCGGACAAAAAGAAAGACAAGAAAGAAAAGUCACCGGAAGACGACUAUGAUUUCUUUGCUCCGCAUCCUCAUCCAACUAAAGUACGUGUCAAGCAAUCGUUCUUUGACCAUGUACCCGACGCAUAUGAAGGGAAGUCCAUAUCUUUCAAUGAAAGUCCCAAACGAACUCCAAAGAAAGUUGUGGAAGAGCCCAAAGAGGAAACUCCAAAAGCGGAGGAAACUCCUGCGGAAUCGCCAGACAAAACACCAGUGCAAGAAACAGUGGCCCCGCCUAUGAAAAUGGACGUUUUGGCAGCCGAUCCAUGGGAUACCAAAGACUCGAGUGCCCAGUCUCGACUGUUAAUUAAGGGAGGAAAAAUUAUUAAUGAUGACCAGUCUUUUGAUGCAGAUAUCUACAUAGAAGAUGGAAUUAUCAAACAAGUUGGAACAAACCUGGUUAUACCAGGUGGUGCUAGAACAAUCGAAGCCAGGGGAAAACUUGUUAUGCCAGGUGGUAUUGAUACCCACACACAUAUGCAGUUACCGUUCAUGGGAACACAUGCAGUGGAUGACUUCUAUAGUGGCACUAAAGCUGCUUUGGCAGGAGGAACCACCAUGAUCAUUGACUUUGUUCUCGAUCAGAAGGGAGUGUCACUGCUGGAGGCUUAUGAUAAAUGGAGAGGUUGGGCGGACGGAAAGGUCUGCUGUGAUUAUGGACUCCAUGUAGGAGUUACGUGGUGGAGCGAGCAGGUUUCCAAGGAAAUGGAAACUCUCUGCUCUGAGAAAGGAAUUAACUCAUUUAAAAUGUUUCUUGCUUACAAAGAUGUUUUUAUGUUGGAUGACACUGAACUCUAUGAGUCAUUUAAACGCUGUAAAGAGUUAGGGGCACUUGGUAUGGUGCAUGCAGAGAAUGGUCAUCUCAUUGCUGAGAAAUCAAAAGAGAUGGUAAAAAUGGGAAUCACAGGACCGGAAGGCCAUGAAAUGUGUCGCCCAGAGGAGGUGGAAGCCGAGGCCACUCAACGAGCCAUCACUAUAGCUAACCAGGCCAACUGUCCACUGUAUGUAGUCCAUGUCAUGAGUAAAUCCUCAGCAGAUGUAGUGUCCAAGGCGAGGAGAGAAGGUAAAAUUGUUUUUGGUGAGCCCAUAGCUGCUAGUCUGGGCACAGAUGGAAAUCAUUACUGGAACAAAUGCUGGAGACAUGCUGCCGGGCAUGUGAUGGGCCCCCCUCUCAGACCCGACUCCUCAACACCAGGCUAUUUAAUGGAUCUCUUAGCAAAUAAUGACUUACAAGUAACAGGGACAGAUAACUGUACAUUCAAUGCUGACCAGAAGGCCCUAGGUAAGGACGAUUUCCGUCAAAUCCCCAACGGAGUAAAUGGUGUGGAGGACAGGAUGUCCGUCAUCUGGGAGAAGGGUGUGCAUUCUGGAAAAAUGGAUCCAUGUAGAUUUGUAGCUGUAACUAGUACUAAUGCAGCCAAGAUAUUUAAUAUUUAUCCACAAAAGGGCCGUAUAGCAGUAGGAUCUGAUGCAGACAUUGUGAUCUGGGAUCCCAAGGAGACUAGGACUAUUUCUGCUAAAACUCAUCACCAGGCCGUAGACUUUAAUAUAUUUGAAGGAAUGGUUUGUCAUGGCGUCCCCUUGUAUGUCAUUACAAAUGGAAAUGUAGUAUUGGAUGAGGGGCAGCUGAAAGUAACCCAGGGAAUGGGGCGAUUUAUUCCCACUCCAUGCAAUUCAGAAGUGGUAUAUGGAAGAUUAGCUAAACGAGAACUGGCUAAUAUGCCACAGAAGGUUGAGAGAGACCCGUACACAGGUCCUGUGGCCAAGAUUACCAGCAAUGGUGAUGCCCCUGCAGUCAAGAGGGAGGAGAACCCCAUUGUUGCCGAUACAAGUCAGUUCCAGCACAGCAGACCCCCUACUAGAGGUGGUGGCAGAAACUUACAAGAUUCCUCUUUCGCUCUUAGUGGUGAGCAAUUUGAUGACAAGGCACCCCGUCGGGCUCAGAUCAGAACAUCCAAUCCCCCGGGAGGGAAAUCCUCUGGACUCUGGUGAGGCAACAGCCACCUAAUGGUUCGUGGGGCCACUUGGAAAUGUCUACAUAGGGAAAAAAAGCUUUUUGUUGUCGCUUGUGAAGAUAUUUAUACAACUGCUGAGAAAUGACCUAUCACCUAUGGUUUAAUAUGUGUAUUAUGAUUGUUUUUGUGUAAGGAGACAGUUCUAAGAGGGUCAGAUUUAUCAACAAGGCAUAAAUGGAUUAAAUCAGGGGUUGUAGUUAAAAAAAGGAGUGCCUUUCAUAAAUGGCAAAUUGUUGUCCCAGCCAGAAAUACAGGUGAUGUUUUUUUUUCUAACAUAAUGACAGUGUAUCUUUUAUUCCUGGAGAGAGAUCUGAGCAGUUGUUGUGCUAAAUAUCCCUGUGAUACUUGCCUGGAUGUCACAUUUCUCAUAUUUUAUACAUUUUCAAAAAAAGUUCUGACUUUAUAAUAUACCUUGGCUACAAUUAAAAUUGAUUAAUACUGUCUACUAAGUACAUGUAUUUACUUAGAUAUGUUGUGUGCUAUUGCCAUAAGUCUUUGAAGUUGAUUUUUUUUUUGGGGGGGGAUCACAAUCAGCUGAUCUCUUUUGAAAUCAACUUCUGUUGGAUGUUUUUCAGUUGCUAUUUUUUCCUGGUAUCCAGAAUACAUGUGAAAAAGAUCUGUUUGUUGAUUAAACUGUGUUCCUAUUCUACUGUAGAUAGAUCCCUUGUGGUGAUUAGUGGAUGGUUUAUAAUUUAUUCCAAUCCGUUCAGUUUAAAGGCAGCCUUUCUUUUUAUUCUCUAUUUACAUGUAUAUCCAUUCAAUAAUUCUGCUGAAAAGGAGGAUAACAAAUCAGUUUAUCAUGAUAUUUUCAGUGCUUUGUUUAUUAGUCUUUUAUUUAAUAGAUGAUUUUUAUUUGUUAAAUUUAAAUCUGGAAUCCUAGUCAGGAAAAAUUUCGACAAGUUCCGUGGAUGAAUGUAUAAAAUAAUUUCAAUAUAAUUUAGAGUUACUACAUGUAGGUAAAUUGCAUGUAAAUGAAGAGAGUGGAUAAUUUUUAACAGUAUUUUACAUUCAUCAAGGCUUUAUAACUACGUGUAUUUAUUUCCUCUCCGUGUCUGCAAGUUCCGUAUUAUGAUAGUUGUAGCACUGCCUCUAGUAUGACUUGAAUGUAUUUUGAAAUUAGCAUGCAAGACUAUUAAUAAACAGUGGAAAGCAAUUUUA